AUGAGUGAAGAGAAUCCGCCGCAGCAAGAUCAACAGGCGCCAAACGUAUCUGAUAAACCUCAGGGAGAUCUGUUAAUAACUCCUCGUGAAACACAUUUCCACAAUGUAUUCGUGAAAUAUUUGAUAAUGCUUAUUAGUGCCUUGGGAUCAGUUAUAUACACAACUGUGCUAUGUACUGGUUCUAUACUCAAUCAUUGGUUUGAUAUUGUUAGUGGAAGGGAAAAGACCGUACUUGCAGAUAUUGAGCAAAGAAGUCACGGAUAUGUGCCUCGAGAACCAUACGAUGAAUUGUCGAAAAUGAAACCCACUAGUGAUUUACAGUAUUAUUUGCAACAGUUGAAUUUGGAUUUGCAAGAGUACAGGGUUACCACAUGUGACGGGUACAUCUUAACCCUACAUAGAAUUAUUGAUCCCAGGGAGCUGGAAGAACAGAGGCAGCAAAGAAAACCUGUUCUUUUGCAACAUGGUUUAUUGUCAUGUAGCGGGACAUGGAUAGUGAGUGGCAAGAAUUCAUCAGGAUACUAUUUUCAUGAGCAAGGCUAUGAUGUUUGGAUGGGAAAUAAUCGAUCGUGGUUCAUACCGCAACACAAAACUUUGAGUGGGAGUCUUUACAACAAUGAACAAUACUGGGACUGGGGAGUGCAAGAAUUGGCGUACCAUGAUUUACCGGCUCUAAUAUCAACAGUUUUGGCGAAUAAGAAAUAUUUCCAAAAAUUGGUUUUAUUGGGGCAUCUGCAAGGUGGACUCCAGAGUUUUUUGAUGCUCAAGAAUCCACGUUUGGGAGAAAUACACGAGAAAGUUGAGCUCUUCUGUCCAUUGGCUCCUGCAGUAUAUCCAGGAAAGUUAUUCUAUACUCGUCAAUUCAUUAAAUUUAUUAAUAACCGUAGUGAAUUCAUGUGGUUGAUAUUGUUUGGAUGUUGUGCAUUUUUGAGAAAUUUGUGUCUUGUGAGACACUACAUUGCAAGUUCAUGGUUGUUUGGGAAGUUGUCGUACUACAUGUUUAAGUAUUUGUUUGGAUGGACUGGGAGAAAUUGGGGACCAUAUAAAAAAGUGUGGCAUUUCUGUUUCAUUUUCAAUAUGAGUUAUGCAUCGGUAGAACUAAUGAAGUAUUACUUGUCAAAGCAUUCCGAUUGUGGGUUUACCACCUUGUUACAACCAAAAGCUGCCUAUUCGAGUGAUGCACAUUUUACCGAGAAUGUCACUGACGACAAAAAAAGUUAUUUCCAGUUUGACACUACCUGGUUCAGUGGCAUUAAGGUUCCUAUGAUUGUAUUUAUAGGUGACGAGGAUUUUUUGGUAGACGGAGAAAAAGUUGUUGCACAUAUGAGAAAGUAUGAACCCGGAUAUAGAGAAGGAAGUAAUUUUGAGGCAGUUUCGAUUCCCACUUACAAUCAUCUUGAUAUCGUAUGGGCAGAGGAUGUUAUUGGAACCAUUGGAUAUACUAUAUGUAACAAAUUAAAACAAAUGAAAGCUCGCGAUGUGCAAGAGGGGCUUACGCUGGAAAGUAAAGAACAGGCUGUUACCAUCCCGGAAGGAUCUUCCGGUCAUCACCAACAGCAAGAAGAAGUGGGUUUGAACGAAAAGAUUGUGCUGGUAUCAGAAGAUAUACAUGAUACUGAACUUACAACUAAAGUGAAACAUAACUUAUCGGCAGAUAUCCCGCUCACAGAAACUAGAAAGCUAACUACAACCGAAGUAUUCUAA